UUAAACUAAAUGAGUUAUUGCAAACAUUUUAAAAUUAUAUAUUACAUAUUAAAAAAUUAGUACUAAAAUGUAUAAAUGCACAAUUAUUGAUGACUAAAAAAAUUUUAAAAUUCCAAAAGGUGGCUGAUUAAAAAUAAUUUCAGUAUAUAUAAGAAGGUGACAUGCAGUAUUAUAGGGCAUUGCAGCGACAUAGUUCGGUAUUCCGUUAACUCUACGCGAAUCACUCCUUUAGUGCCAUCUGUGGUUUUCCGCCCAAAAAAUAGUGUCUAACUGAAGCGAAUUGUAUUUUUUUCCAUCUCUUCUUCUUCCCUUGCUUACAAUUUUCGGUUUCCAGGCAAAUUUUUCUUACUCAGUGUCUGCAGCAUUUUAAUUAUGAUGGAGAAGGGAGAUCCUUCACAGAAAUUAUAUACAAGGAUGCGACUUUGGGAAUUUCCAGACCAGUAUGUUGUUGAGCCUACUGAUGGAUCCUGUGGUUCGUGCUUGGAGAUCAGCCGCGUAGAUGGGUCUGUGAAACUAAUAGAUGAGGUUCCAGAAUGCAGUUCGGUUCGUGUUCCCAAAAUUCAAAAAAUAUUUGGUGUUAUAGGCAUACUAAAGCUUUUGGCUGGUUCAUAUGUACUGGUCAUAACGGACCAUGAAUUUAUUGGAUCUUACUUUGGGCACCCUAUCUUCAAAGUUUCAUCGAUGAAAUUUUAUCCUUGCGAUCAGUCUCUCAAGAACUCUACUGCUGAAAAGAAAAACAUGGAAGCUCAGUUUUCGGCACUGCUUAAUGUCAUAGAGAGGACUCCUGGUCUAUACUUCUCUUAUGAUGUCAAUAUAACAUUGAGUGCUCAGAGACUGCAUGAUUUGGGUGAUGAAUCCAAGAUGCUUCCUCUCUGGAGACAAGCGGACCCUCGAUUUGUUUGGAACAACUAUAUGAUGGAACAACUGAUAGAUAACAAGCUUGACCAGUUCUUGCUUCCUGUUGUCCAAGGCAGUUUUCACAAUUUCCAAGCUGCAAUUGGGAAAGACAUUAUUGAUGUUACGCUGAUUGCUAGGCGGUGCAACAGAAGAGCUGGCACUCGAAUGUGGAGAAGAGGGGCUGAUUCUGAUGGAUUUGUCGCAAAUUUUGUGGAAAGCGAGCAAAUUAUCCAGUUGAAAGGGUAUACAGCAUCAUUUGUUCAGGUCAGGGGGUCAAUCCCAUUACUAUGGAAUCAGAUUGUUGAUUUGACAUAUAAGCCCAAGUUUGAGAUAGUGAGAAUUAUAGAAGCACCUAGAGUUGUUGAGCGGCAUUACUUGGAUCUGAGAAAGAAGUAUGGAAAUGUUCUAUCAAUUGAUCUCGUCAAUACGCAUGGAGGAGAAGGACGCCUAAGUGAAAAGUUCGCAAAUGCAAUGCAACAUGUUGCUGCUGAUGAUGUGAAAUACUUGCACUUUGAUUUUCACCACAUAUGCGGGCAUGUUCAUUUUGAACUCCUUUCUAUCCUCUACGAUCAAAUUGAGGAUUUUUUCAUUAAAAAUAGGUAUUUUCUGUUAAAUGAGAAAGAUGAGAAAGUUGAACUGCAACUUGGAGUUUUGAGGACCAACUGCAUUGACUGCUUAGACCGUACAAAUGUAACUCAGAGCAUGCUAGGUCGAAAAAUGCUUGAAUUCCAACUGAGAAGACUUGGUGCUUUCGAUGCUGAAGAAACUAUUAGCUCACACUCCAACCUUGACGAAAGCUUCAAACUCUUGUGGGCCAACCAUGGGGAUGAUAUAAGCAUCCAGUACUCUGGUACUCCAGCUUUAAAGGGAGAUUUUGUCAGAUGUGGUCACAGAACAGCCCAGGGGGUUAUCGCUGACGGAUGUAAUGCCCUAACACGAUACUACUUGAACAACUUUGUUGAUGGUACUAAACAGGAUGCAGUUGAUUUAUUGCAAGGACACUAUAUUCCGGCUGUCUCUCGAGAUAUGAAACCAUCAUCCCAAAAAGGAAGCCUUGAGACUAAAGCUUCGUUUCCUCUGGCAUUGGCGCUAAUAUUGACUGGGUUGUUCUUUGCUAUGUUGUCGCUAAGGAAAGUUCGACAUGAUCUUCGGAGUCUGAUAUAUGCAGUGGUUUGGGCAAGCAUAAGUAUGGGAAUAGCUGCAUUUGUGAAAGCCAAUGGUCGAAUGUUCUGUAACAGGCCUAGCCUGCACCAAUCAAGGCGUUGAUUUUUGGGUUCAGAAUGCUUGGUAGGAGCUACGUUUGCUAAAAUUGCCAGAUUUUUCAUAUGCUUUGUAAAAAAUUUGGUUAUUGUGUGUUCUUUUCAUGUCUUUGAUAAUUUUCUUUUUGAUCAUUCAUUUAAAAGGUCCUAGUUACAUGAUUAUUUGUAUAUUGAAAUGGUUAUGAUUGAUAUUUCUAGAAAUUGAAUCUCGGCUUCGCCAUGAUUUGGUAACUAUUACUGUUGCUCUCUAAGUUGUAUGAUCUCUUUGUGUGUCUUAUGAUCCAUUCUCCUUGAUGCAUUAUGUCAAUGUCCCAAAGGAGGGCAAAGGUGGUGGUUUAAGCUACUUCUGGAAAUGUUAUGUCAAGUAGUCAUCCUACACAACAUAGUUUUUUUUUCUUUUAUAAUGUCAUCUGCGUCAGUUUGACUGCACUUGGACUAUUCUAUUAGGUAUCUUCUACCUCCCACCAAAUACUCAUCAAGUAACUUUACUAACCAAAGCAUAUAUACAAGAAGAAAUCACCUAAAGUUUGUCUUUGUUGGGACCUGAAUACUGGUCUCUCAUAAUUUUCGCUCAUUUCAUUGACCAUUAGACCACACUCGUGUGCAAACAUAAUGUGUAUUUUUAAGGAAAUAUUGUUUCUACUAAAUGAGGUAAAUAAUUUGGUAAAAUUAGAUCCAAUAGAAUUUUAAAUCAGAACAUAAUAGCAUCCAGAUGAAGUAUUUUUAGGGUAAACACUAACUUGGCCUGCUUCAUCUAUUCCUAAUAAUGCUUCAAAUUUUAUUUGUACUACUGAGAUAAACAGCAGAAAUAUGAAAGCUGUAAAAAGAUAGCUUGGUAGCCUUCAAUACAUUACUUGGGAUGACUUGGAAUGGCAUAGGGAGGCCAAUAGAGGUGAAAUUGAAUCUUAUAAGUAACAGUGAUCCCAGACAGAUCCACUGGAGAAGAUGUCACGUAACCUUGAACGAACAGAAAAUCACCAGUUCCUCCGACAACAGGAUGGUUAGAUGGCUUUGUAUUGUGUGUGCCUCCCACUACUGAUAUUGAGCCUUUGUAAUGAUUCAUCAUCAAAGUGAUCUUAACAGUAGAUAUGCUUUGCAGUCCAUUUAACGAGGAUGUUAUCGAUGUUCCUUCAGCUGUCCCAACUAUCUUUGAGUUUGAGUUGGGUUUUAGAGUUAAGGGAUCUUGGAACACAUAUAAGGUGCCAAAAGGUGUUGUGGUUUGGCUUGUGGACGGUCCUGCAACACCAUUCACUAUAAGAUAUGCUGUUUUAUUUAUGGUUUCGUGUUGAAAGAGAGUAAAAUGGAUUGACUUGAGUUCAUGGUGAUGGUGGUGGUGGUGAGAAAUUGAGGUAGCCUCACGACACAAGAGGACGGAAAGAAGAAGAUAAGAAAGAAAAGAA